UACGUCGACGACUUUCUCGUUACAGGCACAGAUGCCGGCAGGGUGUAUGCGUUCUUUCGUGCGAUGUGGGAUCUGGCGUUAAAAGACCUGGGGCCGGUCAGUAAGGUUCUCGGGAUAUGUGUGGAGUACGAUGCUAGCAGUGACUACAUGUUCGAUCAAGAGGCUAAUAUUUCGGAGAUGCUGGUGAAGUUUGGACUCGAGCAUGCACAUGGUGUGCGCGCGCCUAUUGGAGGUGUAAUGGGCCUACAUUGA